AUGAGUUUCUUCGGGAGGUUGAACUACAUCAGUCGAUUCAUAGCUCAAUCAACCGUGGUGUGUGAGCCUAUCUUCAAGCUGUUGAAGAAAGAUGCUCCAACAAAUUGGACUAAAGAGUGUCAGACUGCUUUCAAUGCUAUCAAGAACUAUAUAUCAAAUCCAUCGAAGUUGUGCAAAAGAUUUCGUAAGAUCGAGUUCGGACAUACUCCUAGAAUACAGAAUGUGUUGGCUGAUGCUCUUGCCACCGUCACUUCAAUGAUUAAACAUCCAGAUACCGAUUAUAUUAUUAUUCUGGAUAUACAACUGAAGGAACAUCCAGUCCAUUAUUCACAUGUUGAAGCAGAACCGGAUGGUUUACAUGAUGCUACAUCCAACCAGAAGAGGUCGAUACGCCGUAUGACUCUCAAUUUGUUUGUAAGCGGAGAAGUACUUUAUAGGAGGACUCCAGAUUUGGGUCUUCUUAGAUGUGUCGAUGUUGUUGAAGCUGCAAAACUUAUUGAACAAAUACACGUUGGAGUUUGUGACACGCAUAUGAAUGGGCUCGCUUUGGCAAGAAAAAUCCUUCGAGCUGGGUUAGGGGUACCAAAAUCAAUCAUUACUGAUAACGAUGCAAAUCUCAACAUUCAUUUUAUGAGAGACAUAUGUGAGCAAUUUAAGAUUACUCACCGAAACUCAACCGAUUAUCUCCCUCAAAUGAAUGGAGUUGUAGAAGCCGCCAAUAAGAAUAUCAAGAAGAUUCUGAGAAAAAUGAUUGACAAUCACCGAGUAUACAAAACAAAAGCAGUCCUACCGGCUGAAAUCAUCCAAGAAGCAGAGCUGAGUAAUGCUAAAUGGGUUAGCAAGAGAAUUAAUCAGUUAAUUUUGAUUGACGAAAAAAGAAUGGUUGUUGUUUGUCAUGAUCAACUGUAUCGACACAGAAUGGUUCGAGCUCUCCACAAGAGGUUCAGAGCCAGGAUUUUUGAAAUUGGUGAGUUGGUACUUAAGUACAUUUUCCUCAUCAAGACGAGUACAAAGGAAAAUUCACACCAAAUUGGCAAGGUCCUUACAUGGUUCGCAAAGUAUUAUCUAGAGGUGCUUUGGUGCUGUUGGAGAUGGAUGGCACCGCGUGGCCAAAACCAAUCAACUCAGAUGCUAUCAAGAGAUACUACGUGUGAAGCUUCGGUUUGCAUUUCUGUUAUUUACUUGUAA